CACAAAGGCAUUGUUUGAUUCGCCUCGCGGACCGCAAGAGUGCAUGGCCACGAUCCUCCCGUAAUUUGUCAACUCGUACAGUUGUCACUCUGUAUAAUAAAGCGGUUGCUGAGAAGUUGAGCAAAACGAGUAGACCUACUACUGCUACCAAACAGAGGAGAGGAGAGGGGAACGAUGGCGUCGGAGGCAGCAGUGGCGGCUGGCGGCGGCGGGGUGGUGAAGCACGUCCUACUGGCCAAGUUCAAGGAUGAGGUGACGCCGGAGCGCCUGGACCAGCUCAUCCGCGGCUACGCCGCCCUCGUCGAUGUCGUCCCCUCCAUGAAGGCCUUCCACUGGGGAACUGAUGUGAGCAUAGAGAACAUGCAUCAAGGGUUCACGCAUGUCUUUGAGUCCACAUUUGAAAGCACAGAAGGAAUAAAGGAGUACAUUGAACACCCAGAACAUGCUAAAUUUGCAGAUCAGUUCUUGGCUGCAUUAGAGAAGACCCUCAUAAUCGACUACAAGCCAACUGUUAUUAACUAAUGGCUAGCUCAGUUAGAGCCUCAGAGUUUUUCUCUGUCAACAAUACUUCAAACUGUUUGUUGGAGAAUUUUAUUCUCGGCUCUACAAUAUAUAAAUUGUGCUAAAUAAAUUAGUUCGGCUUGUUUUCCCGGUUGAGAAUGAAAUUUGAGUUUGUGUAAUUGCAGUUUGUAAUAACUUUGAACGUCUUUGUACGUACUAGAAUUAUGUUUCUAAAGUAAUGCUUUUCUGUCCA